AUGAUUGCCCAGUGUAUCAAGAGAGACGUCGGGCAGGGGGGUGGUCAGCACAACCACAUUACUAUUUUUGGCCUUCGCCUGCGGAAGGCCCUGGCUCCUGGCACUGGGGCCACUGAAGCUCCAUCUGCUCAUACCUGGGAUGAAGCUCAAUCUCUCCACCUGCAGGAGAGCAUGGUCAUUGACACUGUGACUAACUACAUGGGUUGUGCUCAUCCUCCAAGGCCCAUCAAUCUUGAUCUCAGUCACCUAGCUCAGCACAACCAAGAUAAUCACCCUCAUAUUGUUGCUGUUCACCCCUAUGAGGGUGAUGCAGCCAAUAUUGUGAUCUCCCCCCCAUUCUCUGAGUCCAACAGAAUGGCAGAGGUCAAAGUAGCCACCAUCAUGACUGCCACCCCUCCUAAAGGAUUCUCCAGCUUGGCAGAUGUUACAUCUCUGAAUCCCACUUUGGCAAUCAACAAUAUCACCAUGGAUGACGCAGCUCUCAUUGAUGAAGAUCUUCCUGUCUACCGGAAGCACAAAGCUGUUCUGCCUCCUUGCUGGACACACAAGCCACCCAAGAACAAGAUCAACAAGUGCGUUGCUGCACCUGUAGCUGUUCCCACUGCCAAAGCUCAUCUGCCAAUUGUGUUUGACUGGGUGUGUGUCGAUGCAAGUGCCAUUGCUGCAGGGAAGGCAAGAGUUACACCCCUCAAGAAGAACAUGGUCCACACCAACAUCCAGUGCCCCAAUGUCAUCAACCCCCCCUCCGUCUCCACCUCCUGGCUCUUCACCUCCCCUGCAAACACAUCCUCUGCUUGA